AUGGUUCGAGUAAUUCUCUCCGUCAACGCAGGAUCUUCAUCGGUGAAAGUCUCGGUAUAUAAAGAUGUUGGCAAAGGUAAAGACCCCGAAGAGCUUGCCGUGGUUCAAGUUGAUGGACUUACGGCUCCGCCUCCAACCUUGAAAUACAGUCGAGGGAAUCGAAGCAUCAAGGGACAGGAGCUACAGGGUAUCGAGUCUCAGGAAGAUGGCUUCCGGUAUAUCAUGCAGCACCUGGAAGAGGAUGAGGGACUACCGGAGCUGUCGAACCGCGACGAUAUUUCCUUUGUCACGCACAGGGUUGUCCACGGGGGGGACUAUCCACGGGCACAGGUCAUAACCAAGGAGACAUACCAUCACAUCGAAAUACUGUCAGACCUGGCCCCUCUACACAACGCAGGAGCUCUUACGAUCGUGAGGGCAGCACACAAAGAGCUGCCCAAAGCGGUGAACAUUGCGUACUUUGACUCUGCGUUUCAUUCGACGAUUCCGAGGCACAUCAGCACGUAUCCUAUCGACCCCAAAAUCGCGCAGAAGAACCGACUUCGGAAAUAUGGGUUUCAUGGAAUAUCGUACAGCUUUAUCGUCAAGGCCGUGGCUGCGUUUCUGCAGAAGCCCGUCGAGCAGACGAGCAUCAUUGCGCUGCAUCUGGGCUCGGGCGCCUCUGCUUGCGCGAUCAAGAACGGCAAAUCUUGGGACACCUCGAUGGGGCUCACUCCACUCGCUGGCCUUCCGGGCGCCACGAGAAGCGGAAGUGUGGAUCCGAGCCUCGUCUUCCACUACACACACGACGCCGGGAAGCUGACCAGCUCGGGCACGAAGGAUCUACACAUCACACAGGCGGAGCAGAUUCUUAACAAGGAAAGCGGGUGGAAGGCCCUCACCGGCACGACGGACUUUGGCAAGAUCUCUUCAGGAGAGGACGAAGAGUGCAGGCUUGCCUUCGAUCUUGUGGCGAAUCGCAUCCUCAACUUUGUCGGUUCGUACUACGUGACGCUAAGGGGUGACGUGGACGCUUUGGUAUUUGCUGGCGGGAUUGGUGAAAAGGGCUCGAAGCUGAGGUCACGGGUCGUUGAAGGUGCGGCAUGUCUUGGUUUUGGCAUUGACGAGGGCAAGAAUAGUGAGGAGAUCAAGGGCGUGGUGAGUGACAUCACCGGGGGCAGCGCAAAGCACAAGGUUCUCGUGUGUCAAACGGACGAGCAGCUGGAGAUGGCAAGGGGUUGUGUCGAGGAUGCGGAGGAGUUCGAGAAGCAGGCCAAGGAUGGGUAG